GUGAUUCAUGAAAUCGCUCGUAUUUUAAGACAAUUAGCUCUUUGCUUUCCCUGCACCGCCUGGUCCGCCUCAGCUCUUUUCUUCUCUAUUCUAUCUAUGCACUGAAACAUAGCGAUGCACAAUACUCUCCACUGAUAAACCCUAAACCCUAAUCCAUCUCAUCUCGAAAAUCUUCCACAAAUCCGAGCCCUAAUUCUAAUAUGACCAAGAUCUUAGGCACCGGUGCCUAUGACUUCAAGCGCCACCAUGUCGCCGAGUACCCGGUCGACUUGCCUUCCCAUCCUGGUGACAAACCGGUCGAGGCAAAGCCAGGUGUGGCGCUUCCGAGCUCCAUCACUUUAUCAGAGAUCCAGCGCGAUAAUCUCACUAGGAUUGCUGAAGCUAAUUGGCUCAAGAGCGGCGGCUCUAAGCCCGAGAAGGCGUUCGAUCCAGAGCUUGUGAAGGAAAUUUACCACACGGAGCUGAAAGUGAAGUCUGGGAGGAAGCCGGUGCCGUUGCAGAGGGUGAUGAUUCUGGAGGUGAGCCAGUACUUAGAGAAUUACUUGUGGCCGAAUUUUGAGCCUGAGACAGCAUCAUUUGAGCAUGUCAUGUCCAUGAUUUUGAUGGUCAAUGAGAAGUUUCGAGAGAAUGUAGCUGCCUGGAUAUGCUUUUAUGAUAGGAAGGAUGUCUUCAAGGGAUUUCUUGGGAGGGUUCUUCACUUAAAGGAGGGAAAGGAGUUGACUAUUGCAGAGAAGACAAACUAUCUAGUUUUUAUGAUCAAUGCCUUUCAGAGUUUGGAAGAUGAAGUUGUUAGGGAGACUGUCCUUGGAUUAGCAAGUUUGCGGUCAUGGCAUAGUUUGUCAUAUGGUCGCUUUCAGAUGGAACUUUGCAUGAAUCCAGAUUUGAUCAAGAAAUGGAAGAAGAUGAUAAAGAAAGAAUCUGAUGAGGCUAAGAAACAAGGCGGGUGUUUUGAUCCAUCAGCUUCAUUUGAAGUGAACUUCUUAAGAAGUUUAAUAGAAGAGUUUCUUGAGGUUCUUGAUAAUAAGGUGUUCCCCCAAAAGCAUUCUGUUAAUGAAGAUGAUGAGCUUGCUGAUGCUAAUGGUUUUGACCAAGUUGAUGAUGCUAGUGUCUUGUAUUGUGAGAGGUUUAUGGAAUUUCUUAUUGAUCUUUUGAGCCAACUGCCAACAAGGAGGUACCUGAGGCCUCUCGUAGCUGAUGUAGCUGUUGUUGCUAAAUGCCAUUUAAGUGCUCUCUAUAGACAUGAAAAGGGGAAACUCUUUGCACAACUGGUUGACUUGUUACAGUUCUAUGAAAAUUUUGAGAUAAAUGAUCAUGUUGGCACUCAGUUAACGGAUGAUGAAGUGCUUCAGUCUCAUUAUGAUCGUCUUCAAUCCUUCCAGCUACUAGCUUUUAAGAAAAUUCCCAAGUUGCGAGAACUUGCUCUGGCCAACGUUGGUGCAAUUAACAAGCGUCCUGAUCUUUCAAAGAAAUUGGCUGUGCUUUCUCUUGAAGAGUUAAAGGACUUGGUUUGCUCUAAGCUCAAAUUGGUUUCGAAGGAUGACCCUUGGUCAGAUAGGAUUGAUUUUCUGAUUGAGGUAAUGGUCUCCUUUUUCGAGAAACAACAAUCUCAAAAAGAGGCCAUUAAUGCUAUGCCACUUUACCCGAAUGAGCAGAUUAUGUGGGAUGAAAGCGUUGUUCCUAGUAUUAAUUAUUCUGGAGAAGGUUGCCUGGCCCUUCCGAAGCUUAAUCUGCAGUUUCUAACUCUCCACGACUAUCUCCUAAGAAAUUUCAAUCUCUUUCGUUUGGAAUCAACUUAUGAGAUUCGUGAGGAUAUCCAAGAAGCCAUUCCUCACCUCCUUGCUUACAUCAAUAAUGAGGGAAACACAGCUUUUCGUGGUUGGUCAAGGAUGGGUGUGCCAAUCAGGGAAUUUAAAAUCACUGAGGUAAAGCAGCCAAACAUUGGAGAAGUCAAACCUGCUUAUGUGACUGCAGUGAUCACUUAUAGCAUUUCUAGCUAUAGGGCACAAAUAAGAUCAGAAUGGGAUGCCCUUAAGGAGCACGAUGUUUUGUUUUUGCUUUCUAUACGUCCUUCUUUUGAACCUUUAAGUGCAGAGGAAGCUGCAAAGGCCAGUGUGCCUCAGAGGCUUGGCCUUCAGUAUGUACGGGGAUGUGAAAUUAUUGAGAUCCGUGAUGAGGAAGGAACUCUCAUGAAUGAUUUUACUGGAAAAAUCAAACGUGAUGAGUGGAAGCCCCCCAAAGGUGAACUGAGAACCGUGACUGUUGCUUUAGACACUGCACAGUAUCAUAUGGAUGUUACUGACAUUGCUGAGAAAGGUGCAGAGGAUGUUUAUGGAACAUUUAAUAUCUUGAUGAGGAGGAAACCUAAGGAAAAUAACUUCAAAGCAAUUUUAGAAUCUAUAAGGGAUCUCAUGAAUGAAUAUUGUAUUGUUCCUGAUUGGUUGCACCAAAUAUUUUUGGGCUAUGGGCAUCCUUCUGCAGCACAAUGGACAAACAUGCCUGAUCUCCUAGAAACGGUGGAUUUCAAAGAUACUUUUCUUGAUGCAGACCAUUUGAAAGAGAGUUUCUCAGAUUAUCAGGUGUUUUUUAGAAGUACUGAUGGGGGUGAGAAUAUGGAUCCAAAACCGCCGUUCCGCAUUAAGCUUCCCAGGACGCUUAAAGGCAACAAGCAUGCUCUUCCAGGGAAUGACAGAUCUGACAAGGAUUCAGUGAAUGAGGUAGAUAUGGUUGAUGCUGGUAUUGAGAAAGAAGAGCUGGUUGUUGAGGCUUACAUUCCUCCAGACCCAGGUCCUUAUCCUCAAGAUCAGCCAAAACAGAAUUCUGUUAGAUUUACACCAACUCAGAUUGGAGCAAUCAUCUCAGGUAUUCAGCCUGGACUUACAAUGGUUGUGGGUCCACCAGGGACAGGAAAGACUGAUACUGCUGUGCAAAUCUUGAAUGUUCUCUAUCACAAUUGUCCUUCUCAGAGAACCUUAAUAAUCACCCAUUCAAAUCAGGCUUUGAAUGACCUUUUUGAGAAGAUAAUGGAGAGGGAUGUGCCUGCGCGCUAUCUUCUUCGUUUGGGUCAAGGAGAACAAGAGCUAGCAACUGAUCUUGACUUUAGCAGACAAGGCCGUGUGAAUGCAAUGCUUGUUCGACGGCUAGAAUUGCUUGGCGAGGUGGAGAGGCUUGCAAGAUCCCUGCAACUGCCAGAGGACGUAGGAUAUACUUGUGAAACAGCUGGUUAUUUUUGGUUGCUUCAUGUAUACUCACGAUGGGAGCAAUUCCUUGCUGCUUGUGUGGGUAAUGAAGAUAAAGCAACAUUUGUCCAAGACCACUUCCCCUUCAAGGAUUUCUUUUCAAACACCCCUCAGCCAGUCUUUACAGGCCUGUCAUUUGAGAAAGACAUGCGGACUGCUAAGGGGUGCUUCCGCCAUCUUAAAACUAUGUUUCAGGAGCUUGAAGAGUGCAGAGCCUUUGAAUUGCUCAAGUCAACAGCUGAUCGAGCAAAUUACUUGAUGACCAAGCAGGCAAAGAUUGUGGCAAUGACAUGCACUCAUGCAGCACUCAAGAGGAAGGAUUUCCUUCAAUUAGGGUUCAAAUAUGAUAACUUACUGAUGGAAGAAAGUGCCCAGAUAUUGGAAAUUGAAACUUUUAUCCCAAUGUUGCUCCAGAGGCAGGAGGAUGGUUAUGCACGGCUUAAACGCUGCAUAUUGAUUGGUGAUCACCACCAGCUGCCUCCUGUUGUAAAGAAUAUGGCUUUCCAAAAGUACAGCCACAUGGAUCAGAGUUUGUUUACGAGGUUUGUUCGUUUGGGCAUUCCUUACAUUGAGCUCAAUGCUCAAGGUAGAGCAAGGCCAAGCAUAGCCAAGCUUUACAACUGGAGAUAUAGAGAUCUGGGAGACCUUCCCUAUGUGAAAGAGGAAGCCAUCUUCCAUAGAGCAAAUGCUGGAUUUUCCUAUGAUUAUCAACUGGUAGAUGUACCUGAUUACCAUGGGAAAGGUGAGAGCGCACCUUCUCCUUGGUUCUAUCAGAAUGAGGGUGAGGCUGAAUAUGUUGUCAGUGUCUAUAUAUACAUGCGAUUGCUGGGGUACCCUGCAAAUAAGAUUUCCAUCUUGACAACUUACAAUGGCCAGAAGCUUUUGAUACGUGAUGUUAUCAACAGGCGUUGCGUUCCUUUUGACUUCAUUGGUCCACCCAGUAAGGUUACGACAGUUGAUAAGUUUCAAGGACAACAAAAUGAUUUUAUUUUGCUAUCUCUUGUGCGAACUCGCUUUGUGGGUCACCUUCGGGAUGUUAGAAGAUUGGUUGUUGCCAUGUCUCGUGCUCGCCUUGGCCUGUAUAUUUUCUGUCGACGUUCUCUUUUUGAACAAUGUUAUGAAUUGCAGCCUACUUUCCAACUUCUGCUUCAAAGGCCAGAUCAUCUUGCUCUAAAUUUGAAUGAGAAUUCAUCAGUUACGGAACGUCAUGUUGAUGAUUUUGGGAAUCCAUAUCACGUCAGUGGUGUUGAGGAGAUGGGUAGUAUUGUAUUUCAAAGAAUAGAUCAGUUAUAUCAGGCACGUGCUAUGUAUAUUCAAUUGAAUCAAUAUAUGGCAUAUUCUGGGCAAGAAAUUCCAUCCAUUAGAACCGAGGAGCAAAACGGUGACCAUAAUUCAAUUCCUGGAAGCCAUGCCAUGGACAUUGAUAUGCCAGCAUCUGCAAACAGUGCAACGCCAGGUGAAAGCCAGUCAGUAGAAGGUACUGAUGUGAAUGGCCUUGCAAAUGGUAAAGAUGGAGAGUCAACUCUCAAGGGCCAAGAAGGUAAAGAAAAUGAUUCUGAAGUUCAUGCAGGUGAUGAAACUGUUGUGCCACCUCCAAGCAAUUCAAAUGAUAAAGACGGGAUGGAGUAGCCUGAUUAAGACAACUUUUCUCCUGCCAUUUUUGUUUCAUAAUCAAUUUUAAGAAUUACCUGGGAUGUUAGACAAUGCGUGAACUUAAAUCCGCAAAGCCAACAAAGUAGUCAACUGGCCUUGGGGAACAGGAGUGCUCUAAGCAAGGAAUCAGCUUUGCUGAGAGGGCUAUAAGAGCUGUUAAGUUGCUUAUUUCCAUGAGAUUCUAGGAUGACAUGAUGAUGGACAAAAUGUUGGGUGUUUGGAUUUAUACUCAAAUGCUUUCUGAAGUCCUGUGCUGGAGUUGCAUCUGCUUAAGUGCUAACUAUUGGGGGAUCUGUUGUAAAUUAUUGAUUGUGUUGCUAAUCCCAUUGCUGGCAAUCAGGUAUUAUGUUGACUGAAUUUAGCUACUUAAUUAUUGGAUUAGGCAACCUUGUUAGAUUACAUUACAUUUAUUUACUGCAAUAGAAGCUUUCCUUUUGAAUACUCUGCCGAGCUUCAAGUUCAUUUGUUGGAAAGAAAAGCUAAGGACGAUAGGAAUUUUGAUGUCACUGAAAUUUAGAUUUUUUAGCAUUGUGAAAUUAAACCCUUUGUGGACCAUUGAAAAGUUCCAUUACAUCAAGCUUUUGAGUUUCGAACGAUCUCUAGUUGGAUUGCUGUCAAACUGAGGUAAUGCAUUCUUCCUGAGAUAAUGCUUUCUUCCUGCUGCGGUGCUGACCUUUCUCAUCAAACUCUUUUCAAGGUAAAUCACUUCAAAAGCUAGUCAUCUAUUUUCAUAGGAAGCUUCUAGAGAACAACCUUGAGCUAAGAAGUGAUGUUUAUUCAUGCAAUCUUAGUUUUAUGCCAUUGCAAGUGAUGGGUAUUGAAAUGACUCGGGUCAAGGCUUCCCAUGAUCCAUAUUUUUGUUUUUCUGAUGUAAAAAGCUACCUUUAUCCUUUUUUUUAUUGAAUUUUUUUUAAUCUAAUAAUUGUUUAAAUUAAAA